UAUAAAUAGAUUCACUCAUACCAUCUUACUUGACACCCCCACCAAAAUGUCAACCACCACUCCGCCGUCACCUCCGCUCCACACCACCCACCUCCUCCGCCGCACCACCCUCAACCGGAUAUUCUCCCUCCUCUACGCUCUAGCCAUCUUGGCCCUAAUCCACCACCACCUCCACAACCUCCACCACUCCACCACCCCCUUCUUCUUCAUCGCCGAUCUCAUCCUCGCCUUCAUGUGGACCACCACCACCUCCUUCCGCCUCUACCCCACCGACCGGAAAGUUUUCCCGGAGAAUCUUGAACAGGUUUUGGAAAAGAAAGAUUUUCCGGCGAUGGAUAUAUUCAUUUGCACGGCGGAUCCGUACAAGGAGCCGCCCAUGAAUGUUGUGAACACGGCGUUGUCUUUGAUGGCGUAUGACUACCCGCCGGAGAAGAUUUCGGUUUAUGUUUCCGAUGAUGGUGGCUCUGAGUUGACUCUUUUUGCGUUCUUUGAGGCUGCGAAGUUUGCGAAGAUUUGGUUACCCUUUUGUAGGGAUAAUAAUGUUGUGGAUAGAUGCCCGGAGGCUUUUUUCCGAUCAAAUGACGUUGCAUUUUCCGGUAGCGCCGAUAUCAAGGUUAUGUACGAGAAAAUGAAAAUGAAGGUCGAAAGUGUAGUUGAUAGAGGAAGCUUAGACGCGGAGUAUAUCUCAACCGAAGAUGAACGAAAAGCUUUUGAGAGAUGGGACAAAGAGUUUACCCGUAAUCAUCAUCCGACAGUUAUUCAGGUUUUGUUAGAGAGUGGACAAGAGAAAGACAUGAAGGGACACCCUAUGCCUAAUCUUAUAUAUGUUUCAAGAGAAAAAAAUAAGGCCUACCCACACAAUUUUAAGGCUGGUGCCCUUAACACAAUGCUUCGGGUAUCGGCUGUAAUGACAAAUGCACCUAUAGUCCUAACUCAGGACUGUGAUAUGUACUCGAACGAUCCAAAAACACCUCAGAGGAUGUUAUGUUUCUAUGCAGAUCAAUCAAUCCGUCACAACUUAGGGUACAUUCAAUUCCCACAACGGUUUCAUGGAAUAAAUAAGGCCGACAUCUAUGCUAGUGAAUAUAAACGUCUCUAUGUGAUCAAUCCAGGGGGAAUGGAUGGUCUCAAAGGCCCAUGUUAUGUUGGGAGCGGAUGCUUUUUUGUUCGUCGAUCCUUCUUUGGCGGGCCAUCAUCGCCUGAAUUGCCAGAGGCUCGUCAUCUAUGGCCCGAUCAUGUGGUUAAAAUGCCCAUCAGAAGUCAUCAAGUUCUAGAUUCGGCUCAUGAAGUUGCACGUUCAAAUUAUGAAAACAAUACUACUUGGGGUUCUAAGAUGGGCUUUAGAUAUGGGUCUUUAUCUGAGGAUUUUAAUACGGGCCUCCAACAACACUGUAGCGGAUGGAAGUCUAUAUUCUUCCAUCCAAGAAGGCCUGCUUUUUUGGGUGAUCUACCAAUCACCCUAUACGACGCGCUAAACCAAAAUCGAAGGUGGUGCAUUGGCCUACUAGAGGUUGUAUUUUCAAAGCACAACCCGCUAACAUAUGGAAGCCGCUUCAUGGGCCCUCUAAUGGGCCUUUCUUAUGCAAACAAUGCAUAUUGGCCCAUUUUGUCAAUUCCAAUCUUCAUAUACUCUUUUGUCCCUCAACUAGCUCUUAUCAAUGGCGUUUCCGUCUUCCCUGAGGUUUCAAGUUGUUGGUUUAUAUUGUAUGCUUUUCUAUUUUUGGGGGCCAAUGUACAAGACUGUCUUGAUUACGUGUUGGCCAGAGGUACAUUCCAACAAUGGUGGAACGAUCAACGGAUAUGGCAUAUACGCGGUCUCUCAUCAUUUUUGUUCGGGUUCAUUGAAUUCUCCAUGAAACGCUUAGGAAUCGCAUCGAAAGGGUUUCACGUGACAAGCAAAGUGGUUGAUAACGAACAAAGUAAACGAUAUAACAACGGCGUCUUUGAGUUUGGCGUACCGUCGCCAAUGUUCGUUCCUUUAGGGACGGUUGCGAUCGUUAACUUAGUUGCAUUUGUUAUUGGAAUUUUGCAAAUACUAAAAGGGGGAAACAUGAAUGGGCUUUUUGGGCAGAUGUUUUUAUCUUGUUUUGGGUUUGUGAAUUCAUGGCCCAUUUAUGAAGCCAUGUUAUGGAGGACUGACAAAGGGAAAAUGCCUAGGGUUAUAAGUGUAAUUUCCACAUUGAUUGCUCUCACUCUUUGUACGCUGGUCCUGCUUGUACCAAAUGCGUAACACUCAUUACUUGUACUUUCAAAGUUCUUAAAUCUUAACACACAUUCAUACA